UUUCCUCUUUGUUUCUUGCCGGACAAACAAUAAUGUUGCACGGUCUGUCUCACAAACAUCCGCUGUAGACUGUGGGAUUAUGAAAGCAUGAUUCGGUUCCUCACCUUGUAACUGCGCCAGCGGCUCACAGCAGACAGAUGGCUCUGGUUGGAUGGCUUAUCUAGCUCCUCGGUUUGCAUCCACCCGCUUCCUCCUCCGAGGUGUGUCCACGUUCAGGCUCAUACACGCGGCUGGUAUGGAUGACAUGGGUCUGGCAGUGAGUCGGUCCCCACUGGAGCGGCUCGACUUCGACAACCUCGCCCUGAGGAAACUCCCCCUGGACCCCUCCGAGGAGCUGGGGGUGCGGCAGGUGAAGGGAGCGUGUUUCUCCCGGGUGAAGCCAGAUCCGCUGACCAAGCCUCGGUUCGUGGCGGUGUCUCAUGACGCCCUGGCUCUGCUGGGGCUCAGCGGGGAGGAGAUCAUGAACGACCCGCUCGGACCGGAGUAUCUGAGCGGGUCCAAAGUCAUGCCCGGAUCCGAGUCCGCUGCACACUGCUACUGCGGACACCAGUUCGGACAGUUCGCCGGGCAGCUGGGCGACGGAGCGGCCUGCUACCUCGGGGAGGUGAAGGUCCCGCCCGGGCAAGAUCCAGAACUGCUGGUGGAGAACCCGAGCGGCCGGUGGGAGAUCCAGGUGAAAGGAGCUGGGCUGACUCCUUAUUCCAGACAAGCUGAUGGGCGUAAGGUUCUGCGCUCCAGUAUCAGAGAGUUCCUCUGCAGUGAGGUCAUGUUCUUCCUCGGCAUCCCCACCACCCGAGCCGGCUCUGUGGUCACCUCUGACAGCCGGGUCAUACGUGACGUGUACUACAGCGGGCAUCCUCGCCACGAGAGGUGCUCUGUGGUUCUCCGUAUCGCCCCCACCUUCCUCAGGUUUGGAUCCUUUGAGAUCUUCAAGCAGGCCGAUGAGUACACGGGCCGUCAGGGUCCAAGCUACGGGCGGGAUGAGAUCAGAGGUCAGAUGAUGGAUUAUGUCAUCGAGACGUUUUACCCAGAGAUCCAGCAGAAUUACUCGGACCGGGUGGAGAGGAACGUGGCUUUCUUCAGAGAGGUGGUGCUGCGUACGGCUCGGCUUGUGGCUCAGUGGCAGUGUGUCGGCUUUUGUCAUGGAGUCCUGAACACGGACAACAUGAGCAUCCUGGGACUCACACUGGACUACGGUCCUUAUGGCUUCAUGGACAGGUUCGACCCCGACUUCAUCUGCAACGCCUCCGAUAACUCAGGCCGCUACUCAUACCAGGCCCAGCCGGCCAUCUGCAGGUGGAACCUGCUGAAGCUGGCGGAGGCCCUCGCUCCAGAGCUGCUGCCUGACAGAGCUGAGGCGGUGAUGGAUGAGUAUCUGGAUCUGUACAACGGCUUCUACCUGCAGAACAUGAGGAAAAAGCUGGGCCUGUUGAAGACGGACGAGCCUGAGGAUGAGCUCUUGAUCACAGAGCUGCUGCAGACCAUGCACAACACAGGUGCUGACUUCACCAACGCUUUCCGCAGCCUGAGUCAGAUUUCCUGUCCCACAGAGGGGGCUGGUGAUGAAGAGGGGGACCUGGUGAAGAAAGCCACAGAGCUCCUACUGCAGCAGUGCGCCUCCUUAGAGGAGCUCAAGGCUGCAAACAAACCCACCAUGGAUCCAAGAGAGCUGGCCAUGCUGCUCUCAAUGGCUCAGAGCAACCCCUCGCUGUUCCAGAUGAUCUCAGACCGGGCCACGAUAGCGAGGCAGCUAGAAAAACUCAGCAAACUGAAAGACCUGAUGGAGACGAGCGAGGAGGAGCUGAAAAGCAAACACUCAGAGGAGUGGAGCCGCUGGAUCACGCGGUACAGGAAGCGUCUGGCCCGGGAGCUGGAGGGACAGAGUGAUGUGCAGGCGGUGCAGGAGGAGAGAGUGAAGGUGAUGGACGGCACCAACCCUCGGGUGGUGCUCAGGAACUACAUCGCCCAAAAUGCAAUUGAGGCUGCAGAAAGCGGAGACUUCUCUGAGGUCCAGAGGGUCCUCAAGGUCCUGGAAAAACCCUUCUCUGCACAGCCAGGCCUGGAGCUCCCCUCCUGGACGGGCGGAGGCGGGGCAAGCGUGCAGGGAGAGAGGGAUGAAGGAGAGGAAGCGCAGCAGGAUGCUGCAUCUUCAUCCACAGCCAGAGAUCCUGUCCCUUACGACAGCAAGCCCCCCACCUGGGCCACUCAGAUCUGUGUCACAUGAUCUUCGUAAUAACUUCCCUGACUGUCUCCUGCCUAAAAGAAAAGAGAGUUUGUUCAUAUUUUGAUUCAUUUUUGUACUUUUUAUGUCUCUGAACAUCUCUCUGAAACUUUGGCAGGCAGCGUCAGGGAAGUUAACGCGAGGCAGGACACCCUGAAGUUAACAAGCUGCUACAAAACAGAUGGGGAAGGAGAUGAUUGGCUCCACUGACAACAAAUAUGAGGCUAAACGCUUUUUAAGAUGCAUGAAAAAGACCAAGCAGAGCUUUGAUUUGAUAUUUUCUGCCAUGACUCGACAAUCCUGCAAAGAACAGGAUGAUGCCGCGAGUAUGGUGAUGUCAUCCUGUGCACGAUGCAAUGAGAGAAAGUAAAAAAAGACUAAUGGAUUUUGUUCAGAGGAAUAUGUAUUUUUAGGAAGGAGCCGCUCAGCUUGUUCCCUGUUUGUUCUGUGAUUGGCUUUCAAUGAAGACUCAGACAACAAGUCAUAAAGUGACCUGUCUGACUCUGACACACAGCAGGGUGUCCACCUCAACAUAUACCAAAUAAUAGUGUGUGAGAGAGAGAGAGGAUUGUUUUUGUGAUUGCACUUGAUACAGUGAGCCGCAGUAGUAACACGCACAACAUUCACUCCUGUAGUAGUAACUUUUGCACCGUCAUAGCUCCAUGUUAUUGUCACAGUACAGGACUUACUCAUGUUUUUACCUGAUAAAAGUUGAUCACGAAUGAAAAAAGAACUGAGAUAGAUUCUGAGAGAAGCAGAGGAAUAAGGGGAAGUAUUGGGUUUUUUUUGGUUAUUUUAUUCAGGUCGCAGGUUUACGAGGGGAAGUUUAUCGUGCUUUGUGCCACAGAUGUGAUGCUGUCGAGCUUUAUAUUUAGAGAAAGGGAAAAAGAGAUGAACUGUAAUCCAUGAAUGAGUUGAAGCAUUGAUCAUUUGAUUUGUUUAAACCUGGAUUGAUUGGUUGGUUUUAUUAUUAAAAUGAGGAUUUUACGGCUGAGUUUUUCACACAAAGAAAGAAGGAAAAUUACAAAAUUUGGUCAUGUAGCAAGGUUUUAUUUUUAAAGAA